AUGGAUUCAUUAUUACAAAAAUUUAAUGAGAACAGAAAGAAAGAUCCAGAAGUCACAUCCAGAGUUCAAAUUGAUGUUGAUUUUGAAGAAAAGAAUCCAUUCGAGUUGAAAUGGAAUGAAAGAGAUUAUGACAGUCAGUUUUUUAAUAUCUACAAACAUAGAUUAACUGUAUUACGCGGUAGAGUUGAAUCAGAAUGUGAAAGAAAGUGGAAUAAUGGUUUCCAAUUAAAUGGAAAGUCUGUUGUUAAGAAAGAUAAUGUUUUGGAUGUUCAAGCUGGUGAACCUUGUUGGUGUAUCGGUACCAUCUAUUGUGAAAUGAGAUAUAAGCCAAAUGUUUUAGAAGAAGUUAUUAAUGAUACUUAUGGUGCGCCAGAUCUGGUAAAAAGUUACGUGGAUCCAGAUGGUAGUGAUCAAAUUAUGUUGGAAGAUGAGAGUGGGAGAUUAUUGCUUGUUGGUGAUUUUAUUAAAUCUACACCAUUUAUUACCGGGGCAGUGGUAGGAUUGCUAGGUAUGGAAGCUGAUCCUGGAACAUUUCAAGUAUUAGAUAUAUGUUACCCAAAAGGUUUAAAUCAAUCACCUAUGCCAUUCCCUAUUAUAAAGGAUAAUAUUAAUAAUAAAUACAACAAUAUUGGUACUGAAGAAAUUAUACUAAACAAUACUAAUGAAAAAGUUGCAAUAAUUUCAGGACUAAAUAUAAGUUCGACUUCACCAUCUAAUCUAUUGAAAGUGAGAUUAUUACAAGAAUAUUUGAAUGGAAGUCUUCAAGGAAACAUUGAGGCAAUGUCUAAAAUAUCUAGAUUAAUUAUCUGUGGUAACUCGAUAGAAUAUAAUAAUGGUUUUGAUGCAGAUCAAGGUAAUAUAGUAUAUUGCCUUGAUCAAUUUAGUCAAUUUUUAGGGAAUAUCUUACAAACUAUUUCAGUGGAUGUUUUACCCGGUAAGAAUGAUCCUUCUGACAAAUCAUUACCACAACAACCAUUACAUAAGGCAUUAUUUAAUGAUAAGUUAAAAUCAUACUUUAAUAAAGAGAAUAGGCCAAUACUCAAUUUGGUGACUAACCCAUAUAAGUUUAAAAUUAAUGGUUGGGACAUUUUAACAAUAUCAGGACAGAAUAUUGAUGAUAUUAUGAAAUAUAUUAUCCCAUAUUCUAAAAUGGAUGAUAAUACUAAUGAUGGUGAUGGAAGUGACAACACUGAAAAUGUUAGUGAAAGUAAUGAUAAUAUGGACAUAGACGCUGGUGAAGGGGAUACAAUGGAACAUCGAUUAGAUUUAAUGGAAUGUACCAUGAAAUGGCAGAAUAUUGUGCCUACAUGUCCAGACACUUUGUGGUGUUAUCCAUAUAAAAAUAAAGAUCCCUUUAUCUUGAAUGAAUGGCCACAUUUAUAUGUCGUUGGUAACCAGCCAGAUUUUGCAAGAAGAAAUAUAAAAACAUCUAAUGGAAACCAGAUUAGUAUGCUCGCAAUACCAGAAUUUUCUAAAACUGGUAAAGUUGUGAUUUUAGAUUUAGUAACAUUACAAACAGAGAUUGUUCAGAUUGAUUUAUAA